AGACAUGUUGAUUUUGAAAUUAUAUUGAUGUAAUGUGUUCCAUGUAAUUUAUCCCUUAAAUUUUUAAAAACGUCAAACGUUUUGAAUUUACCAUUAUAAAAUCUGCAAACUCAAACUAAAAUGAAGGAACAGAUUCUACAAUAUUGACGAUUUUUUUGCCUGUUGAAAUUAGCUGAAAUAUCUUCAAUAUGAACACACAGUACUGUUCGAUAACAUUAUUCUCAGGUAUUUUGUGAAGAAUGAAACAAACUUUGGUGUACAAAGGUGUAAAUCUGUGCUCAUCUCUGUCUCUUUCUCUCUUUCUGCACCAUGUCGUCCUUUCCCGAUGUAUCCUGGACUUCCUCCAUCCUCUGCUCAGUUUACAGCGCUGCACUGGGCUGCCAAACACGGUAAAGAAGACAUGACCACAAUGUUGGCAGAAGCAGGGGCUGACGUCAAUACAAAAGCACAUGGGUACACACCUUUACACAUAGCAGCGCUGCACAGGCAUCGACAUAUAUUUGACCUGCUGGUCAGGACAUAUGGAGCAAAUGAGCAUUUGCGGGACUACAGCGGCCACAUAGCAUAUCAUUACCUCAGUGUACGGGAAACACAAUUAGAAGACCAUGAGCUAUCUGAAGUCAGCGAGUGCCACAGUCUAACCCAGGCUGGCGAGCGCAGGAACAGGAAGAUCACCUCAAUAUUUCACUCCAUGAAGAAGUGGGGUUCAGCAGAGGAGCUGGCGGCCGUACCGGAGGAGAGGACUGUUGCUCAUCAGCUCAUGCUGCCUGCGUUUAGGCCCAGAAAGUUCUCACGGUAGACUAUGUGAAGUCCAAAGAUCUUCAGUAUCACUUUAGUGCCACGUGAAUAGUUUACAGAUGAAAAUGCACUUCGCUGCUUUUUUCACACAAAUAGUAUGAUGUAGUUGUAUUCACAUUUAAGUAGCUUCUUAGCUCAAUAAUUAGCAUUUGUAAUGUUAUGCCACAGCAGUGUGUGUGAUGUCUUUUUUCUCUGCUAAAGGUUUACAGUUUUUAUUAAGCAAUGAAAAGGCAUUUUAAAAUACCUGUACAUCAUAUGAUCCCAAGAUUUUACAAGAACUCAGUUUCACUAAAUAUGUCAAUGCUAAAAUUCUAUCUUGAAUAGAGACCAACUUCAGCUUUUAUUUGCCUUAUAUUCACCCUACAUAAGAUGCCUACAUAUAUAUAUAUAUAUAUAUA